AUGAGGUUGUUCACGAGAUUAACGACAGAUUGUUUGGCAGUUUUCCCUGGUGAAAGAAAAAGAGUAUCUUUAGUUUCUGACAGUCUAUGCCCUACUGAAGAUGGCAAUGUUGAUCACCAAAAUAUAUAUUCUCCUGACGUGCUCAAUGGUCUCAAAGUGUCUGGUUUACCAAAUCAUAGGUUAGUCCUUAAAGUUGGCGUCUCCAGUAAUGUUGUGCGAAAUAUUGACCAACGAAAUGGUUUGUGUAACGGUACAAGGUUAAAGGUCACAAAACUUUACAGCCGUGUUAUUGAAGCUGAGAUAAUUUCUGGUGGUAAUAUUGGUUCUCGGACAUUCAUACCUAGAAUCAAUUUGGUACCUUCGGACCGAAAGAUUCCUUUUGCAUUUCAAAGGAGGCAAUUUCCAAUAACUGUAUGUUUUGCCAAUGACGAAUUAACAAAAGCAGGGACAGUCGCUAUCUAA